AUGGCGGCCUCCUUCAAGCGCGGAAGCCGCCUCUGCCGGAUUUUGCCGCCUCUACGCGGCCUCGCGCCGCUUUCGGGCUGGCCAAGUUGCCGAGCUCUGGGCGCAGAUGGGCGCGCCUUCCGGUCAGUGCAACAAUGCCAAGGAGGCACGACUGCUUUUUCUGGCGCCCCAGAAGGGCAGAGGACUGCGGUGCCUCUGGAGGCUUCUUUCACUGCAACGCUGCUGUUGGCCCUGGUGAUUUCCCUGCCGACAGCAGGAGUGCUGGGCUGGUGGUACAGGCGUUGGCCUCAGCCGCUGCCAAUGCCUCCGGCACUUCAGGCAGCCGGUGUUUUUGCACAUGCAUCCUUGCGGCGACAGCACCAAGGCGUAGCAGGUGCCGGGCUCGUGGUGAACAGCCCUGUCGGCGCCGGUUCCGUGUUGUUGCGGGUACCUCGAUCCGCUGUACUGUCCGGCGCGAUGGCGCAAAGAGUGCUCGGUUGCAAUGAUGUGCCCACUGAUGUGGCUCUUUUGGCACUACUUGCAGAGGCAAGGCGGGCUGCCGAGAAGGGCGAAGACUUGUUGGGACUGAGGGAAUAUCUUCUUUCAAUCCCGGCGGAUUUCCCGAUGGUUCCGCUCACAUUCUCGGAGGAGGAUGUGGACAUACAUUUACGGGGUUCAUCCCUGCUUCUGGCAUUGGCUGCGCAAAAUGGGCAGCUUGAGGAGGAGCAGAAGGUGGCUUUGGAACAUUUGCCUCAGUUGACCGCGCCGUGGAGCAUCGACCGCUUGCGUUGGGCGAAGGCGGCAGUGCUCACCAGGGCUGGCCCGUGCUUUUCGGCUUCGACCGCUGAGGAAGCGGAAGCGAUGCAAGGCAUCGUGCCGCUGGUGGAUUUCGCGAAUUGCUCUGCGGAUCCCACAGCCCGAUGUCGGGUCGGCACUGAUGAUUCCAUCGAACUGGUGGCUGUACGCGACUUGCAGGCCGGCGAAGCAGUGACGAUCAGCUACGGCCAACAAAGCCAGGAACAGCAGAUCUUCAACUUUGGUUUCGCGUUGGAUUCGUCUUCCAUGGACUUGCUCACACCUCUUGCCAUGGUCGUCCCACCGGAGGUUACGACUGCGGUUGAGCUGCGCAGUGUGCUGCUGAAGUUCCUUUUUCUUGAGCGCGGUGCGCAAGCAGAUACGCUGGGAGGAGACCUGCCGCCGGUGGCGCUGCUGCGCGCCAGGUCUCUUGAAGAGAUUGACGUGUCCGAGAUGCGCGCUGUCGCGAACCUGCUGGAGAUGCCCGAAGGGGAGCUGCGUUCGGUGGCCGAUCAUGUCAAGAGCCAGCAGGUGCGUGUAGUGGCUCAAGCUUCCUGUCUCUCCGGCGUUCGUCGUCGCCCUGCCGUCAGCAUGCUCGACAUGAUCACGAUCCUGUCUGCAGCCGGCCUGCAGCAGGAGCUGGGCAAUGCCUUCGACGGUCGGAGCUUGGUGAUCAACGAGCAAGAGAACGGAAGCUCCCUGGGAGACGCCGCGGAGCAGGUGUCGGACACUUUGGAGGCCAUUGACAACACCUUGGCUUCCGGUUUGACCGCGGCCACGGGAAGCAUGGAGACGGCUGCGGAGCAUCUCUCCAACAUCUUCGAUGGCGUCGAGACUAUCCUCGGGGGCGCAGCCUCGGCCCUCAUCGGUGGAAGUUGCAGCUCAGAGUCCAGUGAGCCCGCGCCGAGCAAGUCAGUGGAUUGA